AAAACUUUGUAAAAUCAAUCCAUGUUUCAGUUCAAAGGCCUGCAAAAUACGCCGAGCAGCUUAAAGUCUCGUCUGAAGAUAAAAUCAAGCCAACCCAUGAUUUUAAACACCUUGAAAUCUCAAACAAGGUCGACAGAGAUGGAUCCUGGAAUCUGGAGCAAGCUGCCACAAGAACUCCUGGAGCACAUACUCUGUUUUUUGCCUCUUAAAACCUUCUUGAAUUUGAGGUCAACUUGUAAGAAUUUCAACUCCCUUGUAUUCACUCCUUCUUUCGUUUCCAAGCACUCUUCUGGUUCUCAUUUGUCUUCGUUUUUGUUGCUUUCUCAUCCACAUUUUUACUGUCAUUUCCCUCUCUAUGAUAUCACCAUUGGGUCUUGGCAUAACUUGGUAGUUCCCGCCUCUUUGUUCCCUUCUUUUGUUUCUGAGUUAAAUCUCGUUUCAUCUUCCAAUGGACUUUUAUGCUUUUCCCUCUCAAACUCAUGUUCUUUCCUCGUAUGCAACAUGUUGGGUAAAUCUUCUAGGGUUAUUCAACACCCUUUCUUCCCUUUCUCUUUCGGGCUGCUCACUUUGGUUUCAACUCCGAAAGGGUACAAAAUCUUCAUGCUCUGCUCUAAAUUCCUUACAAAUUACGCUUUCGUGUACGACUCAAAGGACCAUUCUUGGAGAAGACACGAUGGUUUUCAACCUCUCUUGAUCGAUAAUCUUCACCAAGAAGGUGCAUUCUACAAAGGGUCUUUGUGUUUCAGCACACCAGAGCCGUUUUCGAUCGUGUGCUUCAAUUUGGAAACCGGAAAAUGGGGGAAUCUCUACACUGAAAUGCCGAGGGGGCUGACGUUUGUGAGGCUGGUGAGUGAUGCCGUGAAAGGGAAGCUGUAUUUGGUCGGGGGGGUGGGGAGGAAUGGGAUUUCGAGGAGCGUGGAAUUGUGGGAAUUAGGGGAGGGAGGAAACUGGGAGGAACUUGAAAGAUUGCCUGAGCUGAUGUGCAGGAAAUUUGUGUCGGUGUGUUACCAUAACUAUGAACAAGUUUAUUGCUUUUGGCAUGAGGGGAUGAUCUUUGUUUGCUGCCUUACUUGGCCGGAGAUUUUGUAUUACAAGGUUUCGAGGAGGAGCUGGCAUUGGUUGCCCAAGUGUCCUUUAAUACCCGACAAGUGGAGCUAUGGUUUUAAGUGCUUCUCUUUUGCCCCACGCUUGUAUGCUUUUGCCUGACUCGCUUGUUUUACUGUUUACCUUGUGUUUGAGAGGGAGCUGCACUUGUGUUUAUCAAUUCUAGAUAAUGUGAUAAUUUGUGUGGGAAUUAUUUGACAGGAUCUGUGUUUAAGCAAUCUGAU